GCCCCGCCCCCUCCGUCCUCUAGUGCGUGCGCGUUCUCUGUGUACCGUCGUCCGGCACCGUCAUGGCGGACCCGGUCGCUCCGCUCGAUGAAGACUGGGAGGAUUUUAACGAAUUCAAAGCGGCUGAUUCGCACAGCAGCUGGACCGCGGCACCGGAGAAUUCACCGCAGACCCAAAGCUUCGCAGCCUUCGACGAGACGCUGAGCGCGAGCUUCCCGUACUCCAGCAGCGCGUGCACGAGCGUCUCUGUGAGCGCAGUGAGCGAGCGCGAGCUGCUGCGCGAUGACGAGAUAUGGAACACUUUGACGGAGAACUACGGCAAUGUGAUGCCAGUGGACUGGAAAACCUCUCACACGCGUUCACUACACCUGCCCACGCUGAACCUCCGACCUCAGGAGAGGGUGGAGGUCAAUAAUCUUGACGUGUCUGAUGACGAGGAGCUCAGAGAUCAGAUGGACAUGCACACCAUCAUCAUCUCAUGUGUGAACGAGGAGCCGCUGUUUACUGCAGAACAGGUCAUAGAGGAGAUUGAAGAGAUCAUGCAACAGUCUCCAGAUGAUGAGGAUCACGAGAGUCCGUCUCGGUUUGAUCUCUCCUUGAUGUCGCAUGAGUUACACACACUCACACACUCCACACCCAGCAGCAGCUACGAGGAGCGCUUGCGUGGUCUGUGCGUGUCUGAGCUGCUGGAGCGUCUGGAGGAGGUGGAGCGACAGAUCCGUGGUUUCUCUGAGGAGCUGAUUGAUCAGCUGGCAGUGAGGGAGGAGCUGGACUAUGAGAAGGAGGUGAAGAACACGUUCAUCUCGGCACUCAUCCACGUGCAGAACCGACAGAAAGAACAUCGAGAGCUGCUGAAGAAAAAGAGGAAGAUAAAGACCACAGGCGCCGAACAGAGAUCCAACCGCUUGCAUGUGCCAGGAACCUAUCUGACGACGGUGAUCCCGUACGACAAGAGCAGCGGAGCGCCGUCUGUAGAAGACCUGCAGAUCCUGACCAAGAUUCUUCAUGCCAUGCGUGAGGACAGUGACACAGUUCCUGCUCUUCUCACCGACUACAUCCUCAAAGCACUGGUGUGAGAGAACAGUGUUGUGUCCCACGUAGAGUUUCUGGAGCAGAAAAGCAGCUAAUAUCAUCGGCACGUCGGACAUCUGAUCCUCUGCAUCUCUCCAGAUGAUGUUCUUGUCUAAUCAUGCACAGAAUUGCCCCACCAGUGGCAUUUAUUUCUCAGUCUGAAUGUGUGUAUUGUUUUGUGUAGAUGUUAUUGUGUGUGGGAGCUUGAGUGCAGUAUUCAGUUUAUUUCCGAAUGCAGUUCACAUUUCACUCACUGUCAGAUUCCACUAGUUAUCACAGAGCAGCCGUCAUAAAUCAUGCACGUUUACAUCAUAUUCAGUUUGUUUUAGCACAGAUCUAGAUGCAAGAUUUCCCUCUUUUGAUCUUUCCAUCAGAUGAAAUGCGAUUUCAGGAAGUUUUAAGCUGCUGAUGGCUGAAAAUCAUAGAAUGAUUUCAAAGCAAUCUCUUCAGCAAAGGCAGGUACAUAUAUUUGUGUAGGAAAAGUUGAUGUAGCUGCAAAAUCGAAACGUUUAUCAUAUCGGAAUGAAAUAGUUCAGUCAUGCUGAACAGAUUUAGUGGUACUUUUUUUAAAACACAACAUUUAUUUCAUUGCCAGUUACUAGAUUAUCAAACUCUGUUUUUGUUCUGUUCGACCAGCUUUCUAACAUUUCUCUAUAACAGUAUUAAUAUUGAGUUGAUAAGGAGUGAACGGCACAAGUAUUUGCUACCAGUUGAAGUGAAAUCUGUGAGAUCUCAGCAGUGGAGGAAGGACAUGUUUGACUUUUAUCAGAUCUCUGGGCUGGAUUUCUGUUUUAAACUAAGAAGAGCUGAAACACUUAUAAUUGAGAAACACGUCUGUCUGUUCUCACUAAGGUCCUGUAAGAAGAUUAAAUGAUUGUCUCUGGUUUAUUAGUUUUUGUUGAAACAGAUUGGAAGUGAUAUUUUUGUAAGUGUGGCUAUAAAAGCUGAAUGUCGCUUUUUGAUGAAGAGGUUGAGAUUUUGUUGAGUCUUGUAGAUGCACGACCUUAAAGCAAUAGUUCACCGAAGAAAAUGAAAAUUUGCUGAAAAUCUCCUCACCCUCAGGCCA